CAUUGAACCAUUUCAUUUUUAUGGUGCAAGCUGAAAGUUGCUUCGUAAAGUUAAACAAUGUUAAAUUCUUAGAUUUGGCGAACGUUCUUGCUUUGUCAAAGACUGCAAAGGUUUAUUUUAUAUGGGCACUUCCUGUCCUGUAACGAUUUAUCUCAAUUCAACGUUAAGGAAUUGUUUUGUGAAUCUUUCUGAUUCUCUUAACAAAAGUUGGUCUUCUAUUUGGAAAGAUGAUACAACUGUGAAAGCUAUUCGUGUAAAUUUUAAAGACUCUUCCUUGUACUUUUCCUGGGCUGGUGGUAGCUGUAAAUCAACAAAUAGUUCAGGAGUAAUUGAAGUCAGCAAAAAAUUUGGUGAAUUGCUGGGUUUGUCUCAUGGACAAGAGGUAAUUGCCACAGCCUUGGCUAGUGUCACUUCUUGUAAGAGUGUUUCAUGUUAUUCAAGCGAUCAAAGUGACUAUGAUGUUUUGGAAGUAAAUUCUAGUUACAUUGAAUCUAAUCUGAUACAUCAAUUGCGUGUUCUUUGGGAUGGAGCAAAGAUUCCUAUUUGGAUUCAAAGGAAUAAUUUUGUUGUAGUAACUAUUGGUGAUGUCUGUCCAGCUAGCUCUUGCUCUCAAAUUGAAGAAUUCACAGAGAUACAUUUGAUUCCUUGGACAAAAGCUGCAAGUGGCUUUGAGAAUAAUGAUGAGAAAGGAUUAGAUGUUCCACGACCAGCUGAAUUUAAAAAUUCACUAUCACAAUAUACUGAUGAUGAUGAACACAGUGAAGAUUCAAGUAUCAAGAGCAGUGAAUCAUCUAGUUUAAACAACAGCUUAAGUAGUGGUGUAUUGACAGGUGGUGAUUCAUCAAGUUUAAAUAACAGUGCAAGCAGUGAAGUACAAAGUACAUCUGAAUUAUCACGUUCUCAAAGUUAUAAAAGUGGUUUCAAGGAUACCAGUGAAACAACGAGAAAGUCAAUUGAAAGUGCUAUCAUAAAAGGCAAAAUUGGACUUCCUAAAGGAGAAGUUAAUGAUUCUAAUACGUCGAGAAGUAGUGCGACUGGGAAAUCAAUUGAUUCUGGUCAAACAAAAUCUUCUAUUUCAGGCUGGGCUGGACAAUUGAAUCAGGCUGGUGAUCGCAUUAAUCGUGAACGUUCCUAUCCAUCUGUUAACCUUCGUUUUAAUCCAUUGACUGGUGGUGUUGUAAACGCAUUAAAAUAUUUUCUUCCUCCAUAUACUGCAGACAUUCAAAACUUAGACAGUUUUCCUUUUCCAAAAAUCACUGGAGCAACUCAGGAUUUUAAAUAUUCGACGCAACUUUCGAAAAUGAAAACGUCUCAGGCAGAAACUCUUGAGGUUCCAAUUUCAGAUAGUUAUCGAGUACAACGUCUUGUGUUUUUAUCAGAUCAAAUUGAGCAAUCUCGUCUUGAUCCUUUCCUACAAAAUUUACUCAAACAACCGUCAACAGUAUUUGUUUACUCCCCUAAUUUAGCAGGUUAUGCCAAUCGUUUGUCAAAUGAACAAUUACGACGUGAUGGUAAAUCUGUCAGUGCAAAAUAUUACGUCUUUACUGCAUCCAUUCAUAAAAUGUAUUCAAUAAAGGAGAAGUUGGAUACAAGUCAAACGAAAAUUGGAUCAAGUAACGCUUCAACACCGAACGAAGAGUAUCGAGACACUGAUCGAGCUCAGUUAUAUGAAGCCAACCGAUUACAAAGAUUUAAUUCGAAUUUGAGUACCAGACAGCGUAAUGUAUUAUCAAAUGAACGUGGGAUUGUUUCUUCUUCAACGUCAACAAUUAUAAGACUUGUACUUACUAGUCAAAAGAAUUUUCGACAUGACAAAAAUUUCCUUCUUAAGGAAGAUCUGCUCUUAGGUCAUGUAGCUGUGAAUAACUUGAUUCGCCGCCAGUUGAAAAUUGGAGUUAAAUCAUCAGUUCAGAUCAAGAAGGUUCACCAUAAGUCAUCCAUUUUGUUAGGGCUUGUUUUGAAUCCUUUUGGUGAAGGGGCAAAAAAGAUAAAGCUCUUGAAUAGGGAUGUUAUAAUCCAGGCGUUCAUAUCCUGGAUAUUGGAAAUUACCAAUAAAUAUCCUCUUCUCUUAGCGUCGCGGAUGUUGAUUGAGUUUAAUAUCACAGCUGAUGUUAAGUGCGAGUUUUUACUCUCUGGUAUUGGAAGAGAAAGUCCUCGAUCUUCUUCAUCUCGAGCCACAAUGCAAUAUUUUGAAAUUAAUGAACGAACAUUAGAUACAGCAUCUGUAACAGUUAAUGAAGAAAUACAACCUUCCCAGCUUUUCUUGCUUUCGCCUUACCCAGCAAAAGACACCAAAGUUAUUGAUGAACAUCUUGAUACAUGUCGUAUUUCUUCACUUGGUGGUAUAGAUGAGAUCUAUGCAACGUGCAUGAAUUUCUUGCUUCAUGGACUUGGUUUUCAUCCUGUAUCACAACAAAUUUGUUGCUCAAAUAAACCAGAACACAAUGCUCUGUUGAUUUAUGGCACUGGCUCAACUGCUGGAGGAUCUGGGAAGACAUCGCUGGCUCAUGCACUGUGCAACAGUCUUGGAAAACAUCCUGUUUUAGCUCACAUAUCAAUAGUUGAAUGUGUUUCAUUAAGAGGUAAACGAAUCGAAACAAUACGGAAAUCUUGGCAAAACAAAUUUAAUAAUGCGGCUUGGCAUGAACCUGCCGUCAUUUUGUUUGAUGAUCUCGAUCAGUUAAUUUCUGCUCCUUCAUUGCUGCAGGAGAAUGGACCCGAGGCCCAUUAUAAUCUUCGAUUAGCGCAAGUGUUCAAGACUUUGGUAAAGAACGAGAUUUCAUACAACAGCAAAGUUGUUGUCAUAGCAACUUCAAUAUCGCGUGAUUCUGUCCAUCCUGUCUUGCGCAGAAGUCAUGGAAGUCACGUGUUUAGCAAGUCGGUUGAGAUUCCACUUCCUGAUCAAAAACAACGUAUUGAAAUACUGCAAGCAAUAUUAAGAAAACACGAUGAAGAUAUGUCUGUGGACAACAUCGGCAAUAUUGCUACUAAAAGUGAAGGGUGUUCUCCUAAAGAUUUGAAUACUCUGGUUGCUAGAGCAUUUCAGUCCUGUAUUUCUCGACGUCACACCAAAGAAAAAGAAGAAUCCGCCAAAUUAAAUUUGAAUGAUUUUAAUAAGGUUUUUCAAAAUUUCAAACCAGCAAGUUUACACGGCAUCAAGUUUCAUCUUGGAAAUGAUCUUUCGUGGCAAGAUGUCGGUGGCCUUCACGACAUUAAACAAACACUCAAGGAAACAUUGGAAUGGCCGGCUAAGUAUCCUGGAUUAUACAGCAGCGUUUCCAUGAGAUUACCUUCUGGAAUACUUCUAUACGGACCUCCUGGUUGUGGAAAGACAAUGUUAGCUAGAGUGAUUGCUAAGGAAUGUGGUCUGAACUUUAUGAGCAUUAAAGGACCGGAAUUAUUGAACAAAUACAUCGGAGCAAGUGAACAAGCUGUACGAGAUUUAUUCCAUAGAGCACAAAGUGCUAAGCCUUGUAUUUUGUUUUUUGAUGAAUUUGACUCUAUGGCCCCACGACGUGGUCAUGAUAGUACUGGUGUUACAGAUAGGGUGGUAAAUCAAUUGUUAACACAAAUUGAUGGUGUAGAAGGAUUACAAGGUGUUUAUAUUCUUGCUGCUACAAGUAGACCAGAUCUUAUUGAUCCAGCAUUGCUACGUCCUGGACGUGUCGAUAAGUCUUUAUACUGUGGCAUGCCAGAUCAGAGUGCGAGAUUAGAGAUUCUUAAAGCACAUUCUUCAAAACUUCAACUUGGCUUGGACGUCAAUCUUUCAGAGAUUGCCGGGAUGACUGAAAAUUUUAGUGGUGCUGACUUAAAAGCUUUGUUAUCUAACGCUCAAUUGGAGAGAAUUCAUGAGAUGAAGCUCAAUAUUUCAGAUAAAGUGGUCAAAAGUGAUACAACGCCCAGCAAUGUCGUUUAUUUUCCCAGUUUAAAGCAACGAAAAGACCCGUUGACCAUGAAUGAAAACUCUGAUUGGGCGAAACAGGCCGGUGUGCUUCAAGAUAAUUUUUUCAGGCACGUUUUUGGUAAAGCAAAUCACUCACCAAUGCGAAUUUCGAGAGAUGAAAUGAAAAUAAAAAAUGCUGACCUUCAAAAAGCUUUGUCUAAAGUAUCUCCAUCGGUGAGUCAAGAAGAACGACUUAAAUAUGCUGCCAUCUAUCAAUCAUUCAAAAGCUCAAAGAUGCCUGUUACUAACAAUGCAUCUCAAGUAAUCAGCCAACGUGCAACAUUAGCUUAGUUACUUCAAUUUUUCUAGGAAUUUUCCAAUUCAUAUUGAAUAUUCAGAAUGUUAUAUUUUAGUAUCGGUAAAAAUUGAAAAUAUUACGCUUGCUUUUACUAUAUAACCUUUGAACGCAGGCUUUUAUAGUGUAUCGUGCUGGAGAUAGUUUUUGAAGAGGUAGAAUUGUCUUGUCAACUCAAGUCCGUAGCAUUUCAAUCAAUUCUAGUCAUAUAUUAUAGUUAUUUACGUUUUUCUAUGGCCUACAAUGUGAAAUAAAAAGUACAUGAUUCA